GUAAUUGCUCAAAAGGGUGGAGACAGGGGACUUGGAAGUCUUAAACUUUAAGUGUUUUCGAACUUAUCGUGGCCAUCAUCAGGGUGAGGCUUUGACACAGCGUAUCAAAAAUGAGUCAGAAAUGAACGUCGACUCGACUACUUCUUGCAGCGUCGUACAACUAGCCACUCCGCUAUUGGUACCCUCAGCGCUCAGGGCGCGCACUAGUCACAACAAGUGACUGACUUCAAUCUACGAAUAUUUUUGCAGAGUAACGCUGAGCUUCUAAAGUUGAACAAAAUGCCACGACCGGUCAAUGUCCGCGUCACUACAAUGGAUGCUGAGCUGGAGUUUGCCAUCCAGGCCACCACAACAGGCAAACAGCUUUUUGACCAGGUGAUUAAGACUGUGGGUGUGCGUGAGGUGUGGUACUUUGGGCUUCAGUACAUGGACAACAAAGGUGUCUUUUCAUGGCUGAAACUUGAGAAGAAGGUUAUGUCCCAGGACAUGAAGAAGGAGGUCCCCUUGCAGUUCAAGUUCCGCGCCAGAUAUUACCCUGAGGAUGUGUCCGAGGAGCUGAUCCAGGAUAUCACACAGAAGCAGUUCUUCCUGCAGGUGAAGGAGGUCAUCCUGAGUGACGAGGUUUACUGCCCACCAGAGUCUGCGGUGCUGCUGGCAUCCUAUGCUGUGCAGACCAAGUUUGGUGAUUUCAACAAGGAGGUCCACAAGUCUGGCUACCUGGCAACAGAGCGGCUGCUGUCACAGAGAGUUCUGGAUCAACACAAGCUUUCCAAAGAACAGUGGCAGGAGAGGAUUCAAGUCUGGCAUGAGGAACACAGGGGGAUGCUGAAAGAGGACUCCAUGAUGGAGUAUCUGAAGAUUGCUCAGGAUCUGGAGAUGUAUGGUAUCAACUACUUUGACAUCAAGAACAAAAAAGGCACAGAGCUCUGGCUGGGAGUAGAUGCACUGGGCCUGAACAUCUAUGAAAAAGAUGACAGACUGACACCAAAGAUUGGAUUCCCUUGGAGUGAAAUUAGGAACAUUUCUUUCAAUGACAAGAAGUUCAUCAUCAAGCCAAUAGACAAGAAAUCUCCAGACUUUGUGUUUUAUGCCAUUCGCCUGCGGGUCAACAAGCGGGUCCUUCAGCUGUGCAUAGGAAACCAUGAGCUCUACAUGCAGCGCCGGAAGCCUGACAGCAUCGAGGUGCAGCAGAUGAAGGCCCAGGCCCGGGAGGAGAAACAUCAGAAGCAGAUGGAGAGGGCCCAGCUGGAGAGUGAGAAGAAGAAGAGGGAGGCGAUGGAGAAGGAGAAGGUGCAGAUGGAGCGGGAGAAACAGGAAAUGAUGACGAGGCUGAAACUGUUUGAGGAGCAAACCGUGAAGGCUGAGAGAGAUCUGAAGGAUCAGCUGGACCGAGCCAUACGGCUGGAAGGAGAGCGUAGGCAGGCGGAAGAGGAGGCGGCUCGGCUGGAGACUGAGCGGCAGGCUGCCAUGCAGGCCAAAGAGGAACUGGUCAGACAGGCCGAGGACCAGAUGAAGAACCAAGAGCAGCUGGCUGCGGAUCUGAUGGAAUACAGUGCAAAGAUAGCCUUGCUGGAGGAGAUCAAGAGACAAAAGGAGGAAGAGUCUGACUCAUGGCAAGUCAGGGCCAGGGAGGCGCAGGAUGACCUGGUGAAGACUCGUGAGGAGCUGCAGAUGGUGAUGACGGCCCCUGUGGUGGUCCCCGCUGCGGCCCCGGCGGUAGAAGAGGACGAACUGGUGAAUCAUGGGAACCACGAGCCAGAUCACGAGGAGCCCGAGGACCACGAGGAGAGCAACAGCAACUACAGUGCCGAGCUGCAGACGGAGGGCAUCGAGGACCACCGCAUCGAGGAGGAUCGCACCACCGAGCUUGAGAAGAACGAGCGCGUGCAGAAGCAACUCAUGGCUCUCAGUUCUGAGCUGGCUACAGCCCGUGACGACACCAAGGCUACAAAGAACGACCUGCUGCACUCUGAGAAUGUGCGUGCCGGCCGAGACAAAUACAAGACGCUGCGUCAAAUCCGCUUGGGCAACACCAAGCAGAGGAUAGACGAGUUUGAGUGUCUGUAAUGCAGUGUUGUGAUGGUAGCUAGCAACAUGUUGUAGGGACCUCCAUCACAGCACCAACCCAGUUGUCUGCCCCUCACCCUUUCCACACACAAACCAACCCAGCCAGUGAAGUGAAGUUAUGGUGUUAGGAGUCAGAUAUUUGUGGUUGUAUAUCCACUCUACGGAGAAGUCUGUCUUAAUUUGAAAAUCAUUGCAAAAUCCUUGUAUUUUACCAUUUUCAUUUUUUAAUAAUUAAAGCACAUGCCAAUCAAAGCAUAUGAGUUUACUUGGUAGACCAUGAAGAUUGAUGUUUGUCUUAAGAAAAUAGGACAGAAAAGUAUGCCUUCUGUGGAAGUAUAGGGUUAUGGUAACUGGAAACAGCAAUCAAACCAAACUCUUAGUGUUGCGGUUACAAAACACAAUAUCAUUUCUAUCUUGAUUUAAGUGAAUUAUGUGAAUAUGUUGCCACUGUCCACACAUGAUGUAACGGUUUACUGAAUAUGCACCAGAGUUUGAAUGCCAUUGACACUAUAUGUUGACUUUAUUUUAUCACAACUGAACCACGAAUAUCUGAAUUUCCUUUAACACAAAGUUUUUUGGGUGUUUAGUAUCAUUUCCAAUCACCUGUCCCUAGAUUAGUAUUGAUACAGUCCACAUAUAACAUUAUUUAAUUACAAACAAUCCUUCAUCCUGCAUACCAUCUCUGAAGUGUCUGCCUUUCAGUUAUUGAUAUUUCCUCCAUGUAAGAAGGCCCUGGUGUUGUAGCUGCUACUAUGACAGCAUCUGCCCAGUUGCUGUUGUAUAUUUGAAACGAAAAGGGCUGAGGUGUUGAGUUUAUGAAAGACAAUAAAGAUUAACCACCAUGUUGUUUAAAA